AUGGUGUUUAUCCGACCUUCGACUGUACCUUACCCAACGGUGUGGCACCGGUUCACCGUGCGUCGGAAUGGCACUACAGCCAGCCUCCGGGUCCAGGAUCUAACUGAAGAUAAGUUUGAUGCAGCGCUGGCUCUACUUUCUGAACACUUCACCAGGGACGAGCCUCCUUGCAAGUAUAUAGGCAUCAACAACUAUCCCACGGCCGUAGCUGAGCUGGAGAAUUUAUGGCGGAAGACUAUUAACGAUAAGCUGUCACUGGUGUGUGUGGAGGACAAGGAUGACGGCUCGUCGGUGCUGGUGGGCGUGAACGUGCUCACUGUGGUGUGCAAAGAGGAUAAGGAGGAGCCAUUCAAGUCGGAAGACAAGGUGUGGGCGAAGCUUUUCGGUGCUGUCGACCUCGUUGCACGUAGUGUCGAUUUGUUCGAGCACUACGGAGUGGAUAAGUACCUAACUGCUUACGGACUGGUGGUGGUGCCAGAGUGGAGGGGUUGCAACAUCGGCAAGGAGAUACUGAGGGCGCGGGUUCCUCUCUGCAAGGCUCUUGGAAUAAAAGUCACCGCGACGGUUUUCACCGCCGCCGCUUCACAAGCUGUUGCGAAGAAAGCUGGCUUCGCGGAUCUUUUCGAGAUUACAUAUGAAGAAUUGGCGCAGAAAGGCUUCGUGUUUCCCGGCGUAGAAGAAGACACCAAGUCCUCGAAACUUAUGGCGCUUGUCAUUGAUUAA